AUGAGCUCUGCAGCAGAGGAAAAAGAGCUUCAGGAGCGACUGAGAGAAGCCGCUGCUUUGGGGGAUGUUGAAGAAGUUCAGCGAUUGGUGGAAUGUGGCGUCAGUGUGAACUCUCAAAACGAAAUCAACGGCUGGUGAGCAUUUAGCAAGUGAAUUGCAUCGGCAGCUUUUGGGCAAUACCAUACGUAUUGGCAUUUUCAGAGAGCGGUGUGUGGUAGACUUGGUUACGGAGUUUGGAGUGAUAUUUUAAAAGUCUUUUUCUUCUUGCUAUUCAGCCAUUCUAAAAUUCCUAAAAGGAGGGUCAGACAAUGCAUUUGCUGUUAUGUUUUAUUGUGUUCAAAAGUUUAUUUUAAUCUUGUUAGCAGUGUCUACAUCACACUGAAGAGAUCUGUUUGUCUGCUUGUUAGAUCACAAGUGCCUUUCUCUUUUGUUGGCUUUUGUGAGGUGAAUCUCACAUUUUAGCAAUUAUAUUCUUACAUUUCUAAAAGUUCUCAUAAAGUAAAAGUUAUCAUUUUUUUGUAAUAUAAAUUGAAUGUAUGGCCACUGUGCUUUCUUUUCUUCUACUCUUGUUGGUUGGUCUUAUGGAAAUGUACAGUAUUGUGAUUUUUGUGUGACAGGAAGUUGCCUUGGAAAGGAAAGGAGUGAAUUAGUGAGAUUUGCAUGUGGCACAAAAUUGUUUUGAGAUUUGUUCAGAGUAGAAGAAUAUAGCAAAACUUUGUCAGAAUGAUACAAUGAUAGAUAACUGCACACUGGAGAGAGAAGAAACUAACAAUAUUAAUGUAGUUAUAAAUUAAUUGUUAUUAAUUAAUAUACCAUCCUAUACCCAGAGAAUUAUAGUACAGGACUGUACAGUAAACUAUUGGCAAUCUCAAAAUCAGUAUUGUAUACUAAAUAUGUUAGAAAAUACAGAAAAUUUAACAUUGGUUAGAGUUAUAUGACUUCGUUGACCAUUUAACAAAGUCUAAUACUGCAGUACAGUAGUCUCAAAAUCAACCAUAUGGUUCUGAAAGUGAAUAGCUUUAUAAUGGAAAUGGUUUUUACUGGUAAUGAUCUGUGACCUUUUCUAGCAGAAGUAAUAUUUAAAAAAGAAUCUUGAGAGCACACUGAGAUAAAAUAAGUAGUAAUGAACUAGGGUGACCAAGUGCCCUGCUUUAGAGAGGACAGGAUUCUAUUUGAAGGUGUCCCCCUCUGUUUGAAGGGCUGUCAGUUCCAAGUCUGGUUUAAAGAUGAACCUGAAUAAAGGAGGGCAAGAGCUUUGACGUUACUCCAUCAACAACUGGACAUCAGCCAAAUGGGUCACUUGAUUGUAGUUGUCUCAUCUAGACUGAGAUGCAUUGUAUAUAUUUUAAAUUAUAGUAAUUAUUCUAAACCUGCAUCAAUGCAUAUACGUUAUCAUAUGCAAAUCUAUGUCCUUUUCAAUUAUGCCUGCAUACUUUUUUGGCACUGCAUAACUGGGCACUAUUUGUUGAACUGGAAAAAGCGUUGAAUUUACCGGUAGAUUAUGGAGACUUGGAAUCAAAUCCUUGCUCACUUAGACAUCUCACUGGAUGGUCUUACACUCAGCAUAACCUACUUUAUUGGGUUGCUCUUAAGAUAAAAAUAGGAUAACCUGAUGUGUGCUGUCUUGAGCAUCUUGGAAGAAAGAAGGUAGACAAAUGCACUAAACAAAGAAAUAGCAGUUUUGCAGGAUAGUAGGGGCCAUGCUUGAAAAGGUCAACAUCACUAUAGGCUUGCCCACACUUCUGCUUGUGCUGUACCUAGAAAGCAUGGGUCCAAGCGGUUUUCUAGACAUGGGUUCAGUUUUCCCCUUGCCCUGCAGCAGGACGUGUAGAUAAACCCUGAGUCUUGAUUGGAUGGUCCAGCUUCAGUUGCUUCAAAGGUGCAGAAGAAUUACUUGCCCUCACUGGACAUUGUUUGGAAAGGGGCUGGGUAAUAAACCAUACAGUUGCAGUAGGAGGUCUCCUCUGCCCCACUGGAGCUUUAAUUAUCACCAUUCCUCAUAUUUACAUAGUCAAUUAGUGUGUGUGGAUCCUUUUGUAGUCACCCUGGUGCCAUCUGCACACAAUAGCAGACUAUGAGAAACUCCCAAGGUUUGCAGACAUACAAAAGGAAAAAGUUCUGUGCCUUUUUAUCCAAAUCACCCCAAAUACACUAGACUUGAACACGAGAAUUCUGUUUACGAAGGUAUUGCCUGACUGUGGAUUUGGGUAUAUGCAAGACUGCCUUUAUCAAAGCAGUAGUUUGCUGUUACACUGAGAUGUUGUUUGGAGAGGGAGGAAAUAAAUGUUUUGUAUUUAUACCUUGUCAACUUAAGUAAAUUAGGUAAUUGCAUUAAAUCAGUGAAAUCCUUUCUAAAAAUGGGUUUGGGCUUGUUUGUUUUUCCAGGAAGGGGAAAUGUGCCUCAAAUCUUAAUUCAGUAGUUGUUCUUUUUAAGUGUGCCCCAGAUAUUGGAAGUUUAGAGUGUGGGCUCAUCUCUUUGGCCUUGCUGCUAGAGAACUGCAUGUGAAAGCUGUGAAACUAGAAGUACUGUAAUGAACUUUGAAGCGCUGUGAUUUGCAAUAGGGAAGGAUUCUGCCAGUAGGUGUCACUAUAGGAAUGUAUAAGAAAUAUAAAAAAUCUGUAAGAAUAGCAAAACUGCUCAGUUUAAGGUAGGCUGUCAUUAUUUUUCAACGGAUAUAGUACAUCAGUUUUUAUUUUUAUUUAAUGUAGUGUGUUUGCACCCCCCCAAACUUAGCUGUUACAUUUGCCUUGUGCAGGACUUGCUUGCAUUGGGCCUGCAAACGGAACCAUGCUCAAGUGGUAUCGUACUUGCUACAUGCUGGCGCUGAUAAGGACGCUCUGACUGUUAAAGAAGAAACACCAGCCCAGUUAACAUCAAAGAGGGAAAUUAGGAAGAUGCUGGGAGGUAAAAUGAUCGGUUGAUACUAACAACUGUCUAGAAUAUUUUGGUGCCGAAGGGAAUCCAUAGUGAUUCAAUGAAGAUGAAACAGUAUGAUCUUCCUGCCCUUGUAACUUUCUCCCCUAAGUCUCCUUUAAUCCUUUCGCUAGAAUCAGCAUUGAUGUGUACAGAUACUGAUUUGGAAAAAGGAAGACUGUAACCAUCAAAAAUUGAUUGCUGAACUUUGACUUGGUUAAAAAUGUAGUCCCUCGUUAAUCCCAGGCGGGGAUGUGCAGGGAUAAUUUUUGUGACAUUUAAUUUAAUAUCUAACUUCAUAAUAGAAGUAUCAAAUGAUUGCAUUUUAUUAUAGCGUUAGAAAUGCUUAAUUUAUUUUUAUGUGCACAGUGUAAUUUUAACAUGUACAGCUAGUUUAGCAGUGCUAGUUCUGUCUCUCUCUCUCCUGCCAGGUUACUCACCAAACCUCUGUAUGUUUAGUUGGAAAUUGCCUUUAUUUAGAGCUAUUCUUUAUUUUGCAGUGGAAGAUGCUGAGGAGCUUCCGGAUGAGAAGAAAGAUUCCGCCUUGCCCAUUAUCCCCAAUUACUUGGCUAACCCACCUUUCCCUUAUGUGUAUAACUCCAUGAGUAGCAGCACUACCAGCACCUCAGCUUCCUCUUUGAAUGGAAGACUUUCCCCUUCCUUAGAACAGCACAAUGAAGACUGCCCCAUUUCUUUACCUCAAGUUCAGGCACCUGGCACUACCAUGUUGCAACAUGAAAAGCUUUCCCCUCUGGGGUCCAAUGGGGACAUGACAAGGGCAAUGGCAGCGGAAUCCCCAGAGCCUGCAGUCCAGAAUGGUCACGGUCACCAGAUGCCUCUUCCUCCAAACAGGACGCUCUCUUCCCCUGUUGCAGCUAAACAGCCUGAAACACAGCCACCAAAUGGUUCCUGUGCUGGACCUGUCCCAACAUUUCAGCCCUUUUUCUUCACCGGAACAUUCCCCCUUAGUAACAUGCAAGGUAACCUCAGCUGUUAAGCUUUCAAGAUAACUUAGUGCUGCCUUUUGGUGAAAACAAUUAGAAUAAAAACUGUGUGUAGAUUGAACAGAAAUUGGACAGGAUAACAAAUCAAUUAGCGCAGAGUUUGGUUUGGUUUAUAAUCUUCCUUGGUCAGAAGUCCCUUCCUGAAUUUUCUGUCGCUUCAUACAACCUAGUGGUCAAGACAGUGAUCCCUAAAUGAAAUCCCACAAAGUUUCUGGGGGAGUUUUCUAGCUGCCUGGGAAACAGUCGCAUAAGCACUAAUCAGACAUUUAUCUGAAGGUGUAUAGAAGAGGGAAGGCGGCCCUAACUAACCACUAUGUGCAUUCAGUGUAAUGUCUGGAAAAUCUAUGGGGAGAUAAAACUGCGUGUAGGCCGUGUCUGCACAAUUUACCGUAUAUAUCUGUCAAACAGGCAGAGUCCUCGAAUCACAUGGGAAGAGCCUACAUAUGGCAAUUAUUUCCAGACAUGUUAUCAAAUGUGCUUGGGUGAGCCCAAUCAUGAUCACCGCCCCCAGGCACAUUCAUAUGAGCGUUGAAUAGUGCUAAAUUAUUCCCUCUCACACCAAGCAGAGGAUGGUCACUACUGUGGAUUUACAGAACUCAUACCCAUUGCCUAUUGGUUAUAUAAGUGGCAGUACAGUCAUACCUCGGGUUGAAGUAGCUUCAAGAUAAGUAUUUUCGGGUUGCGCGCUGCGGUGACCCAGAAGUAACGGAGCGCGUUGCUUCCAGUUUUCACCGCUCGCGCAUGCGCAGACGGUCAAAAUGACGUCAUGCGCAGAAGCAGCAAAUUGCGAUCCGCGCACACGGGUUGCGUUCGCUUCUGGAUGCGAACAGGGCUCCAGAAUGAAUCCCGUUCGCACCCAGAGGUACCACCGUAUAUUUUAGUAGUAGAAAUUACUCCUUAUGUUACGAAACUAAAUGGAUUCUAUAUCCCCCUGCCAAAUCAAUUCACUGUUUUUGUUUGGCCUAUUGCAGAUAUAGAAAAAUUGAUUUAUUGAAGUUGUUAUUCCUGAGCUCUAAAUGAUAGUGUAUCAUUAGGGGUACCAUAGAUUCCUCUUUCCCCACAAACAAUAAUGCUUAUUUGCCUUAAUUGCUGUUGCUUAAAUUGAAUGCGUAUCUAGGCAUAUUACCGAAGUAGUAGUAUUUAUUUCAUUGUUUUGAGCCUUCAAAACCUUAUUGAGGCAACUUACAGUGCAAAAAUACUUAAGGCUGGUUCUUUCUGCUAAAGGCAGAGAUAGCAUGGCCAUGAGGAGGGUUAUAUCCCUGCUUUUUUUCUGCCGCUGCUAGGCAGCUCUGCAAGCAUCAAGCAAUAGUAGACUUGGCCCACAUUUUCUGAUGGAAGCCCUGAUACUCAUGCAGGCCCCAUGAGAGCAACCACCCGAAGCUGAACUGUGAAAAGAUGCAGAUUUGCUGUUACACCAUGGGCCGUGUUUGAUGACAGCGGAAAUGUGUUUUAUGGCUGCACCUGCAUAUUCAAGGACCUUGUCAAUUGCCUGCCCCUCCCUCCCUCCCUCCCUCUCUCUCUCUCUCUCUCUCUCUCCCUCUCCCUCUCCCCCUGCCCCCCCACAACUCGAGGGUUUCAUGUGAUGGCAGGUUUGGUCUUGCACGGACUGGGGAAGCUUUUUCAGCUUAAUGGUUACAUUAUAUUCUGGACCACAUUCCAGUGGUGGGCAGGGCCUGGGGAAAAGUGGGCAGAUCAGUGAAUGUAAAUGCUACCUUUGUAUAGUAGGUUAGUAUCUACUCACACACACCUUGCUCCACGCAGACAGUUGAAGGAGACCAUGCAGCCAGGCAAAUACACUUGAGGAAGGUGGCAAGCAGGGCUGAGGAGCAUUCUGAGGCUCAGGGAGAGGUCUGGAGGGCUGAAGCUCUCCAUCUCUAGUCCAGGAGCCUCAUUGCUACUCCAUGGCAAGCAUCACGUUGAAGUUGUUAUUGUUAUUGUUAUUUAUUUAUUAAAUUUGUAUACCGCCCUAUACCCGCAAGUUGCAGGGCGGUUCACAAGUUAGAAAAAGGGAUUGCCAAAAGGGAAACAAGGCAACCUUUUGAAAUUUAAUUACUACCCAAUAACAUUUGCCAAGUGCUUAUUAUUAAUGCUCCUAACAAUUGUGGUUGUGUGUGUCUUUUAAAAUUAGAACUGGUGCUUAAGGUCCGAGUUCAAAACCGUACUCUAAAAGAGAAUGAUUUCAUUGAAAUUGAACUGGAUCGGCAAGAACUGACUUAUAAAGAAUUGCUCAGAGUAAGCUGCUGUGAGCUGGGGGUUAACCCGGAACACGUGGAGAAAAUAAGGAAACUUCCAAAUACAGUAUUGAGAAAGGUAAGAUCCUCAUUCUGUCCUCGUUCCUCUGUUUCGUUUUUUAUUCUUUUUCUUUUGCUGAUGCCAGACCUGUAGAAUGACACAUGAAGCUGAAUGCAGUCCAGUGGCUAUAUCUGAUUCGUGUUUCAUAACUUCCCUGGGUUUGAACCCUGAGGAAAGCAGCAAAGGCUGGAGACUUUUUGAUUGACCAGGGUUUUCACCUGACAUACUGCAUUUAGCCUGGGUUCUGCAGGCCUGUUUUAUGCUUUUAAGAGAUUGUGUGGUGGGGUGCUUAAGAUACCUGUAUUAUUUCCUGAGACUUUUAAAUCAGAAGUACCACAGUAGCAUUUCAGCAAUGUAACUCUGCCUGGACAAGAAUAGGUCACUUAAGUGUGUAGGUAAUAGAUUAAUUGAUGGGUCUUAUUUCUCCCCCAGUGAUCAGUUUAGAUUUUGGAGUUCAUAUUUGACACUGGCAUUUUGGUGCUAAUGCUAAUGUCAAAUUUUGGUGCUGGAGCAGAUUUCUGUGGCAAUAAGACUUUGUUAUAUUCUAAAUAUCAAUUUAGAAAAUUGGUGCAAUGAUGGAAAUUGGAUACUCCAAUAAAAAUGACUAAAAGUCAAAAGCACUGGGUGCAAAGAUUCAGUGGAAUCUUUCUCUCUCUCUCUCUCGCUCUCUCGCUCUCUCGCUCUCUGUGUGUGUGCUAUGUUGAGUUUUUGGUUGCAUUACAUGGCUAAUGAGUAGGACAACUGUGUUCCCACUCCAGGUCUUUUUAAAAUUUCAGCCCAUGCAGGAGGGAGCUUUGUGUGUGCAGAAUGGCAGCAAGCCAUGUGCAAACCUACACUGCAUGUUGCAUGUUAUGUGCAAGAGGAUUUACCAUCUGUGUAGUUUGAUACUGGAAGUUCCUGUUCUCAGAUGUAGGUAUAGAUAUUCAAAGGGUUGGAGAAACAUAUAUAUCCAAAUGCACACAAUCUAUAUAUUCUCAUUUGCCCCUGCUCAGGGCAGGUGAAGAUAAGGGUUUUCCAUCCCCAAGUAGUGUAAUGGAAAUGCUGUCCUGAUACAACUUCUGAGGCCACUAUGUGUGACUUUUCUUUCUGAGGUUUAAGUAGGUUUUGCACAUAGCUACAUCUAGAUUUGGGCCAAUGGCUUUCAGCUGCAUACCUGAGAGCUGAAACUGGGCCCAAAGUUAUUCAGCAUCACUGCUUCUGUAUCUCUGACAUUGGUUAUACCAGCUUCUGAUUCCUUUUGCAGUUGCAGUUUAGUAUAACCCAUAGGUUAGGACUGGGCAACACACACAGUCUGUAAACCACAUGGAUUCAAAGCGUCCUAGAGUUUAGAGCUGGAAGGAAACUUGGACGUUUUUGGUCCAACCUCAACGUGCUGGAUGCAGCUACAGCAUCCCUGACAGAUGGCCAUGUGAUGCUUGGUGUGCCAUGCAUGUUAGAAUCUUGACAAUUCAAGGAAUUGAGUUGUCUCCCUGGAUUCUCCCUGAGGCCAGUACAAGAUGCUAACUUCAGAAUUUGCAGGUCAGAAUAGUAUAGGUUUUUCCUGUCUUCCAUACAAUAACUUAUUUGCACAACUGCUGGGCACAUCAGCUCCGUGCUAGCUAAUGGCGAGCUGUUGUAGCCACACGCAUGACCAGUCUUCUUGCCUACCAGCUGUAGUAUCUGCUGUAGUAUCUCCUGCUGCAGUCCGAAUCCCCAGCUCGCUCACUCUUUUCCUAGGUUUUUUGUUUUGGGUGCUCCACCCCACAUAAACAUUUGCUUUGAGUUAAGUGCGCUGAUUUCCCCUCUGUUGUGUUUGCAGUUCAGAUUGUAAAAUCUUAGCACACUCAUCAUUGCUUUUUCCAAGCUGUUAAUAAAAAUGCUCACUAGUGCUGGCCCAGGGCAGAUCCCUGUGGAAUGUCAUUUAGCUCCCCAAUUCAAACAAUAGCAAUCCACUAAUAGCUACUCUGGCUGAAAUCCACAGCAUGCUGGAACAUCUUGUGUGUAGCUUCCCAGCCAAAAGUACACCUGCCUCAUGGCAGCAUGUUCCAAUUCACCCUUCUCCAAUUUACUUGUAAGAGUAGCAUAUGGAACAUUAUCAAAAGCCCUCCUGGAAUUGAGAUAUUUUAUCCAUUUGGUUCCUUUUACUAAAGCCAAUUAUCCUGCUGGAGUAAUAACCCAGGCUGGCUUUCAUUUUCUCAAAAAUAUUCAAGCCUUCAUACUAUGUUCAGGGUAAUUAUAACGGUAUCAUCUUCCUCCAACCUGCAUUUACGGACACUACUGUUCUUACACCAACAUUUCUUGACGUCAGUGGGACUAUCCUGUAGUACACAUGUUGCCCACAGCAGUCUUCAUAAGCAUCUAAUCCCUUGUGAACGUUUCAUAUCUGUAGUUUUAAACCUUAUGUUUUAAAUAAAGAACACUUUCUGAAAAGAGAUGCUUAAAAAGAAAAAGCCCUCUUAGAAUUGGAAUCUCUGCCUGCCCUCCUCAUCAUGAUAGAAUGAAUGGACUUUUCCUGUGCAAAUAAUACAAGGUCAAGAUAUUCCCGUGCUAUUCACUAGUCACCAUAACCCAGGCAUGUCCAAAGUCCAUUUCGGGGGCCUAAUCCGGCCCGCUGGUCAGUUUAAACCAGCUGUGAUCCACUUUAGUGCUAGGUGAUUAAAUAGGAAGCACUGCCUUUCCCCUCCAUUUUACAAUGUGGUACUGUCUGCUUUAUUUUUGUAGCCUGGCAUGGUGGACUUAAUUUUGUUGAUAUAGAUGUUUCAAAUACCUGUGCUCUCAGUUGCUCUAGCCAAGCUGAACUGAAUUGGAGCACAAAUCCUCUUAAAGGCUCUGGCUCCCAAUCCAGUUAUACAGAUGUAGCCCUGGUCAAAUCAAUCAACUCUAGCCCCCGCUGCCUCCUCUGGAACAUCUGAUUGGCAUUCUCACUGAUUUCCUGAUAGGACGACAUAUAUGGAGUCCCAACAGGAGGGGAACUGCAUUCAUAUUGAUAACCCUUAGCUGGUUCAAAGUACUUUGCCAGCAAGCAACAUCGUCAGAAUAGGCAUUUUAGCUUGGACUUUUUUUUUAAAGCAAAAUUCAUUCCAGGUGUCUAGAGGGAACUUUUCAUUUAUCUGUUUAGAAAACUUUUUGAACAGUUCAAUUUAAAAAAAGUGAGUGGUGUACAUAGAAUAAUAUAAAAUAAUAAUAUUAUUCACACUCUGUGGCAAGGAUAUAGCACAAAGUAUGCACUCAUUCUCCUUCACACAUGCAGAUAACAACAUAGUUGCUACUACUCAUAAUUAAUGCAAAUAGAUUUGGAUAGAAAGUAAAGGCUUCACUUGAACAAUAGCUGCCCACAAGCAUUAACUUCCUGUUGUACUCUGUUUGAACUUAUUUCUCUCUGGCAAACUAAGGCUGUAAUCCUAUGCACACCUGCCUGUAAGUAAGUUUCAAUGUGUACCAUAAUACUUAUUUCUGAGAAAGCAUGCAUAAGUUUGCACUGAUAGUCUGAAAAUCCAUUUUUGCAGCAUUAAAAGUGGCAACCCUUUGGUUUGCUGUAUUUCUAGAAGACUCAAGCUAUAGCAUAAGAAAUUUCUUAAUCUCUUAGCAAUCUCCAUGUAAAGACCCUCACAGAGCAUAGGCUGGCAAGAACAUAUGGAAGAACACAGGCCAUAGGUCCAAGAAUAAAACAUUGGGUUGGAUCCAAACUGUUUGUUGAAGAUAACUCUCAUUGAUUUCAAUAUCAACUAUGAUUGAUUUUUCACACUGGUUUCAAUGGGACAACUGCAACUAAAUUGCUCUGGAUCUCUCAACAACAGUAAUCAUUUAUAAAACGAGUCCUACCACCAGAACCCCUACAAGUAUUUCUGCUAGCACAACAAGGCUUUCCCCCCAUUUGCUCUCCCCAUAACCCCACAAAUAGGCAGGGGAUGUUGGGAGAACACCUGAAACAGCAUGCCAGCAGAGGAGAGGGCAGAUUUCUCUGUCAGCACAAGUAUUUCUGUUUGCCUGGUGAAACAACCUGCUUAGUACUAUGUUGAGUUCAUCCGUUAAAAUCUACUCUGUGCUGUGUACAGAUUAAAAGGAAGGUAGGCUUACAGUCUAAAAGACACAGCACAAAAGGAAAUGGGGAUGGGAAGGGCAGAGCAUGCAAACUCAAAACACCAUUUCUUAAAGUUAACGAAGUUCUUAAUAAUGAUCAGCUUGAAUGAAAACAGUUCAGGGAGGAGAGGAACCAAAAGGGCAACUGGUCUCUCAGCCCAGACAAUGGCGUGGAUCCUGUUGUCCAGUUUCUCUUUCCUGCAGUCAGUUGGAACAUCAAAAUUAAAUAUACAAGAUGUAGUGCAACACAAAGGUGAGCCGAAAUCGUUGCAUCAUUUGGACUAGCAUGCCUCAUAAUAGUAUAGACAUCGUUUUUAAUUUAUUGUGUUUAUUUCUUUCAGGACAAAGAUGUAUCGAGGCUUCAGGAUUUCCAAGAACUGGAGCUGGUUUUGACGAUGAGUGAUAAUGACUUUCUGUUUAGAAAUGCUGCACCAACGUUAACUGAAAGGCCUUGUUACAAUAAGAAAGCAUCAAAGUUGACUUACUAG